AUGUCGAACGUUCUGCUUUUCGGCGACCAAACUGCCGAGCAGUAUCCUCUUCUCCACCGCUUGUGCCUACGCAAGGACAAUGCUUUGGUGUCCAACUUCAUCGAGCGAGUUGCUCUAGCUUUGCGUGAAGAAGUCCGCAGCCUUGCACGCAGCCAGCGGAACACGAUCCCAGAUUUCCUGACUGUGAGCAACUUGGUCGAGGCGUACUACCAGAAGGGAGACAAGGUGCCAAUGCUCGAGUCUGCAUUUGUCACAAUCACUCAGAUCGGGCACUACAUCGGUUACUUCUCGGAGCAUCAGUCAGAGCUGCCGGCUGCGACCAACACUCGCGUGCUCGGACUCUGCACUGGUCUCUUGGCUGCUACUGCUGUUGUCUCUGCAAAGACUGUGGAAGAGCUCGUUACACUCGGCGUAGAGUUUGUCCGUGUUGCCUUCCGCUCUGGUGCUGCUGUCGAGACCCUCCGCUCGGUACUUGGUCAGGCAGGUCAAGAGAAGGCACCAUGGUCCACCAUUGUGACUGGCACAAACGAGCAGGUUGCAAAGCAGGCUCUAGCCACUUUCCACAAAGAACAAGGAAUCGCACAAGCCAACCAAGCCUACAUCAGCGCCGUGUCCACAAUGGCGCUGACCAUCUCCGGUCCACCAACUACCGUGGAGAGAUUCUUCCACGAAUCCGUUCUUUCCCAGAACAACAAAGUGCAGAUCCCAGUCUACGGACCAUACCAUGCCGAGCACCUGUUCAGCGAGGCCGACUGCGACAAGAUCCUUUCUGGCAACAUCGCUCGCGAGCUCAGGAAACGCACGCCAGCGUCGCUUGUGCACUCUGCUUCCACUGGCAAGCCAAUGGUCGCUGAGAACGCCUAUGAGCUCGCCAAACUGGCCCUGGGUGAGAUGCUUCAGCGUCCUGUGCGAUGGGACUACCUCCUCGAAGACGUUGUAUCGCAAAUGGCCGCUAGCAAGUUCGGCGCCAAGGUCUACGCCAUGGGCGUCAGCAACAUUGCAAACAGCCUAGUCUCUGCCCUCAAGGCUGGUGGCAAGAACGACGUCUCGGUCAUCGAUCACACUGCCUUGGAGGAGAACAAGUGCUACGUUGGUCGCACGCAAAACGAUAAAGUCGCCAUUGUUGGCAUGGCUGGUCGCUACCCAAGCGCUGCCAACCACGAGGCUCUAUGGGAUCUUCUCAUGAAGGGUCUCGACGUUCACCGCAAGGUGCCAGCCGAUCGUUUCGAUGCCGAGGCUCACUGCGAUCCAUCAGGCAAGGGCAAGAACAAGUCUCACACUCCUUUCGGUUGCUUCAUCGAUGAACCAGGUCUCUUCGACCCUCGAUUCUUCAACAUGUCUCCUCGUGAGGCUGCUCAGACCGACCCCAUGGGUCGUCUUGCGCUUGUCACAGCAUACGAAGCACUCGAGAUGUCAGGAUACGUGCCGAAUCGAACCACCUCUACCAAGCUUCACCGCAUCGGUACAUUCUAUGGACAAACCUCCGACGACUGGCGUGAGAUCAACGCCGCCGAGAAUGUUGACACAUAUUUCAUUACUGGUGGUGUGCGCGCGUUCGCUCCAGGCCGCAUCAACUACUACUUCAAGUUCUCUGGCCCAUCUUACUCGAUCGACACUGCCUGCUCUUCCUCCCUGGCAGCCAUUCAGCUUGCAUGCACCUCGCUCUGGGCUGGCGAUUGCGACACUGCUAUCGCAGGUGGCCUCAACGUGUUGACCAACCCAGACAUUUUCUCUGGUCUGUCCAAGGGUCAAUUCCUGUCCAAGACUGGCUCCUGCAAGACGUACGAUAACGCUGCCGAUGGAUACUGCCGUGGAGAUUCCUGUGGUUCAGUCAUUCUCAAGCGUUACGAGGAUGCCAUCGCUGACAAGGACAACAUUCUUGGCUGCAUUCUUGGCGCUGCUACGAACCACUCCGCUGAAGCCGUCUCGAUCACGCACCCCCACGCAGGCGCACAGGAGUUCUUGUACAAGCAGGUUCUGGCAAACGCCGGUGUCGAUGCCCACGAGAUCAGCUACGUUGAGAUGCAUGGUACUGGCACUCAGGCUGGCGACGGCAUCGAAAUGACUUCGGUUACCAACGUCUUUGCACCUCGCCAUCGUCAGCGUCGUGACGAUCAGCCAGUGUUCUUGGGCGCCAUCAAGGCCAACGUCGGUCACGCCGAAGCCGCUUCGGGUAUCAACUCUCUCCACAAAGUCCUUCUGAUGAUGAAGAACAACAAAAUUCCUGCCAAUGUUGGUGUCAAGGGUGAGAUGAACAAGUCAUUCCCUGCCGACUUGAAGGACCGCAAGGUCAACAUCUCAUUGAAGGAAGUCGAUUGGCCACGCAAGACCGCCGCUCCUCGCAAGGUCUUUCUUAACAACUUUUCUGCUGCUGGUGGUAACACCGCUCUUCUGAUUGAGGAUGGUCCGGUUCGUGAGGCACCAAAGGGCGUGGACCCACGAGGUACUCUGCCAAUCACUGUCACCGCACGAUCGAUCGCCUCGCUGAAGCGUAACAUCGCCAAUCUCCAGGACUACGUCAAGGAUAAUGGCAGCACCGCACUGUCGUCGCUAUCCUACACACUGACGGCACGUCGCAUCCAGCACAACUACCGCGUGGCUUUCCCAUUGUCCGACAUCACCAAAGCCGGUGAUGCACUGAAGGCUCAAGUAAAGGAGUCAUACCAGCCAGUCCCAAUGGCUGCCACUAAGACUGCGUUCUGCUUCACUGGUCAGGGUUCGCAGUACACUGGCCUGGGUCAAAAGCUAUACCAGGACUUGAAGAGCUUCCGCGACGAUAUCGAUCAGCUCGACCAACUUGCUCGCAUUCAAGGUCUGCCAUCUUUCCUCGAGCUUCUCGACGGCACCGAUGUUCAGACCCUGUCGCCAGUCAAGGUCCAGCUCGGCAUGGCAUGCAUUCAAGUUGCUCUUGCCAACAUGUGGGCGGCCUGGGGCGUCACUCCAACAGCUGUCAUUGGCCAUAGUUUGGGCGAAUACGCUGCACUUCACGUCGCCGGUGUCAUCUCGGCUUCUGACAUGGUCCUUCUGGUCGGUCGACGAGCAGAGCUGCUGGUCAAGGAUUGCACUCCUCACACACAUGGCAUGCUGGCCGUCAAGGGCAGCGUCGAGGCCAUCCGUCAAGCUCUGGGCGACAAGAUGACCGAGGUCGCUUGCGUCAAUGGUCCAGAGGAGACCGUCCUCUGUGGCAGUGGCGACAUUGUGGCCGCCGCCAAUGACACCCUGACGCAGCGUGGCUUCAAGGCCACCAAGCUGAAUGUGCCAUUCGCAUUUCACUCUGCUCAGGUUGAUCCAAUCCUCGAUCAAUUCAAGAAGAUUGCUUCUUCGGUCACCUUCAACAAGCCAGCCGUUCCAGUGCUCUCCCCACUCAGCGGCGAGACGAUUCGCGAGGCUGGCAUCAUUGGUCCAGACUACCUUGCACGCCACGCUCGAGAGACUGUCAACUUCUGGACUGCACUCACCAGCGGACAGAAAGAGAAGGUCUUCGACGAGAAGACUGCCUGGCUCGAGGUCGGUGCUCACCCGGUAUGCUCGGGCAUGGUCAAGGCCUCCAUCGGCGCCACCCUUGCUGCUCCUUCUCUUCGCCGAGGCGAGGACGCCUGGAAGACAAUAGCAAACAGCAUGUGCCAGCUUUUCAGCGCUGGUGUGUACAUUGAUUUUAACGAGUACCACCGCGAGUUCAAUGACGCACAGGAGAUGUACCAGCUUCCAACAUACGCCUUCGAUAACAAGAAGUACUGGCUCGACUACCACAACAACUGGACUCUCACCAAGGGUGAAGCACCACAGACCAGGGAAGUUAUCGUUGAAAAGGAAGUUGCGGCAGCUGCUCCAGCAGUUGAAAUCCCGGCCAAGCGUCUGUCGACUUCUUGUCAAAAGGUCAUCAGCGAAGAGUACAGCGCCAACCAAGCACGUGUCGUGGUCCGCUCAAGUCUGGCCGACAGCAAGCUCUACCCAGUGGUCUGCGGCCACAUGGUCAACAAUGCUGCGUUGUGCCCAUCCUCACUCUAUGCUGAUAUGGCAUUGACUGUUGCUGACUACAUCUGGAAGGAGACACGCCCGGGGACCGAGGCACCUGGCAUGAAUGUCUGUAACAUGGAGGUACCCAAGCCUCUCAUCGCGCAGAUACCUCAACCAGCACAAGGUCAACACAUCGAGCUCGAGGCCAAUGCUGACCUCGAACAAGGCACUCUGAAGCUCAACUUCCGCAGCGUCCAACCAGAUGGCAAGAAGAUCCAGGAUCACGCCCACUGCACGGUCAAGUACGAGGACAAGACCGCUUGGGCAGACGAGUGGGCUCGCUACAACUUCAUGGUCAAGGCCCAAAUGGAGAUGCUCACAGCCAAGACUAUGACCGGUGGUGCCCAUAAGGUGCAGCGUGGUAUGGCUUACAAGCUCUUCAAGGCCCUCGUCAACUACGACAGCAAGUACAGGGCCAUGGCUGAGGUCGUUUUGGAUGGUGCCAACACCGAGGCAUCCGCCACCCUCGACUUUCCUACCAAGCCCGAUGAUGGUGAUUUCUACUGCGCUCCAUACCACAUCGAUGGUUCUUGCCACAUCUCUGGGUUCAUCGUCAAUGCCUCCGACCUCUUGGACUCCGAGCAGAACGUCUAUGUAUCUCACGGUUGGGGUGCAAUGAAGUUCUCCAAGCCACUUAUCGCCGGCAUGCGCCUCCGCAACUACGUCCGUAUGCUGCCGCAGCCAAACAACAUCUCCAAGGGUGAUGUCUACAUCAUGCAAGGCGAUGAGAUUGUCGCCGUGUGCGAAGGCAUCAAGUUCCAGCAGAUCCCACGCCGUGUUCUGAACACGUUCCUGCCACCGAACAAAGGCUCCGCCGCACAAGCAGCACCAGCUCCAGUGGUCAGGCAGACUCCAGUUCGUGCUCCAGUUCCAGCGCCGAUCAAAUUGGCUGCUCCGGCACCCAUCAAGCGAACCGUCGUGCCUGCUGCACCUACGCCGGUCACUGCAACCAAGAAGCCCAAGCAGAGGAAGGUCUCCGCGCCCAAGGCGUCCGGCGGCCUGACUGACAAGGUCAUGAAGAUCCUGGCCAAGGAGACCGAAGUCGAUGUGUCCGAGCUCGUUGAUGACGCGCACUUCGAGAACCUCGGCGUUGAUUCGCUGCUGUCCUUGACCAUCUCUGCCAUCUUCCGUGAAGAGCUCGACAUGGAAAUCAGUCCAUCCCUAUUCGCUGACUACCCAACAGUUGGCGAGAUGAAGAAGUAUUUCGCACAACUUGACCCUGGCUCCAGCAGCAGUAGCAGUAGCAGCGCCGCCGACACCGAGGAAGACUCCGACGAUGACAGUAUCCCUCCAACUGACGUACCAACACCUUUCGACCCUCUGUCUACACCAGCAAGUAGCGCACCGAGUGCCGCGCCAAGCGAUGCAGGCAAGCCUGAGCUCGACUCGCCAACCCGUGAUUCUCUUGCGGAGGUAGGUGAUGUCUCUCUUGCACGCCAUGUCAUUGCGCAAGAGAUGGGCGUCGACAUUUCCGAGAUCACCGAUGGCGCCGAACUCGCUGAAAUGGGCAUGGACUCGUUGAUGAGCUUGACCAUUCUCGGCGAGCUUCGUGAGAAGACUGGUGUCGAUCUUCCAUCAACUUUCUUGUCCACCAACCCAACUAUCUUGGACAUCGAAAACGCUCUCGGUAUGCGCCCCAUCAAGGCCAAGGCCCCAAAAGCCUCGUCAGCCGCACCUAAGGCAUCAACAAAGACUGAUAUGAACGAGGUUUCCGCUAGACUAGCGAAGAUCAACAAGACGGACAUCUCAAAGUACCCUGCCGCUACCUCCGUCCUGCUCCAAGGCAAUGCGAAAGUUGCGACGAAGAAGAUCUUCUUCUUACCUGAUGGAUCUGGCUCGGCUACCAGCUACGUCAGCAUUCCCAACCUUGGUCCAGAUGUUGCAGCUUACGGUCUCAACUGCCCCUUCAUGAAGGAACCUGAACAAUGGCAGUGUGGUAUCGAGGUGUCUUCUCUCAUCUACUUGGCUGAGAUCAAGCGACGUCAACCCAAGGGACCAUACAUACUCGGCGGUUGGUCAGCAGGCGGUGUCAUUGCCUACGCCGUCUCUCAAGCUCUGCUCGCUGCUGGUGAGAAGGUUGAGAAGCUCUUACUCCUCGAUUCACCAUGCCCAGUCAACCUCGACCCACUCCCUGCUCGCCUCCACAUCUUCUUCAACGAAAUUGGUCUUCUCGGAACCGGUGAUCCAAGCAAGACUCCCAAGUGGCUCCUGCCUCACUUCUCUGCUGCCAUCCGAUCUCUCUCAGACUACGAACCAAAGCCAACGAUCGGACCAUGCCCAACUUACGCAGUGUGGUGUACCGACGGUGUUGCUGGUAAUCCAGGCGACCCACGUCCACCGCCAGCUGAGGAUGAGGACCCAGCACCAAUGAAGUGGCUUCUCAACCACCGCACCGACUUCGCAAGCAAUGGCUGGGAUCAGCUUUGCGGCAACAACAUGAAGUUUGGUGUCAUGGGUGGUCACCACUUCUCCAUGAUGAAGGAGCCCUGGGCAGCAGACCUUGGCAAACUCAUCAGAGAGGGACUUGACUGGAGAGCAUGA